ACCAUAUACAUAUGUGUGUCUAUAUAUAUGUAUGAUCAUUCUCUCCAAAGUCCCAAAACGUUUCCACCAUCUUCACAACCCCAAAAUCAAUGAAGUUCUUCAGGUCAUGUUACCGUCCCAAAGGCACCCCUGCGCCGCAUCAGGAGGAAGCCAACACCAACGCCUAUGUGUCGCUCACCUUGCCUUCCUCCAGGCGCAAUAGGCGGACUGCAGGUCCCAAGUCCGCGUCUGCUAAGCAUUGGAGGCCAGCGCUUUCGAUGAUAUCCGAGGACAAAGUCGACGAAAACGGAGAACGGGUAUCGGGAAAUAAAUUUUAUUGUAAACCUAGAUCGCUGCCCAAUUCUCGCUCUCUCACUUACAGAGACGAGUUCAGGAACAACUCCAUGCCGAUUUUCUUUCCAGCAAUCUCACCCACUCCGUUUAUGUUCUGAGUUCGAUUGGGGGUCCUUCUUUCUUUCUGUUUUGCUUUAUAUACUGUACAUUGGUAUUGUGGAUGGAUUAAUAUAAAGCAAUAAUAUUUUAUAAAUUCCGUUUUCUUGUGUA